UUAACUACAAAAUCUUCUUCCUAUUUCGCACCAAAAUCUCCAUAUUUGCUCUUCGAUUCUCCGCCUCUCUGCUCUUUGUUUCUCCGCCUCUUUCUGCUUCCUCUCUCUCUCUCUCUCUAAAAAAAAUCUGCUUCAACUCGCCGCUGAAGCAGAGGAAUUUGUACGGAGGUUUCUGUUCAAGAAGAAUUUGAUUUCGAUUCAGCUGGAGUAAAUUGAAGUGACAAUGUCAGCCGGGAAGUGUGGUUCGGAAGCUGAAAGUGCAGUACAGCCGCAGGAGGCGAACUCGUUUGAUAAUGAUCUUGUGCCAAAGGUGAGGAAACCUUACACCAUUACGAAACAGAGAGAAAAAUGGACAGAAGAAGAGCACCAUAGGUUUCUUGAAGCUUUGAGAUUGUAUGGGCGGGGUUGGCGACAAAUUGAAGAGCAUGUAGGUACUAAAACUGCUGUCCAAAUCCGAAGCCAUGCACAAAAGUUCUUCUCAAAGGUGGUCCGGGAGUCAAAUGGUGAUGCUGAGAGCUCCAUUAAGCCAAUUGAGAUUCCUCCUCCGCGGCCUAAAAGGAAACCAAAGCAUCCUUAUCCCCGCAAGUCUAUGGAUUUACACCAAGGAACACCAGUUUCAAAUCAACCAGAAAGGUCUCCAUCCACAAAUUUAGUGGCUUUGGAUAAAGAUAAUCAAUCUCCCACCUCAGUUUUAUCUCCAUUUGCUUCUGAUACGCUAGGAUCUGCAGUCUCUGACCAGCAAAAUGGAUGUUCCUCGCCGACAUCAUGUACCACUGAGAUGCAGUUAACCAAUGUGAUAAAUGCCGAGAAAGAGAGUGAAUAUAUGACAUCCAACUCUUCUCCUGAAGAAGAGAAAGUUUCUAUGUCAUCAGCCAGUCCCAAUGGCAGUGAUUUUCUGACUAUGAUUAUACCGAAAGUUGAACCUCAGUCCAAGGACUCUGUGCGCAUGAAAGGAGACGCAGCAUUGGAAACACCUUGUGUAAGCAUAAAGCUUUUUGGGAAGACAGUUUUGAUAACAGCUUCUCAUGAACCAUGUUCAACGGAUGCGAAGAGUUACAAGUCAAUGAUAACCAAGAGCUGUCAAGAGAAUCUGAACAUUGUCAAUGGAAAUUCUAUUGACAUAUUCCCAUCUCAGAAGUUGGACGCACAUACUGGCAACUGGAGGCCUUCCCCAUUUGAGGCUCCUCAAUUGGAGCCACAUAAACAGAAUAGCAUUGCAGAAAACACCCCCACUACUCUAAAAUGUUGGUCUAUUAUGAGUCAAGGUCUACCCUUUUUAUAUGUCCCAGAAUCGAAUCUGAAAAACAGGUUGAUGGAGAAGGAAAUUUUGUAUGAAAGAUCUUGUUCUGGAUCAAGUACUGGAUCAGUUAGUGAAUUGGAAAAUAGGGAGAAAAUUUCAAAUGCUGCUGUUGAUUUUCAAAGUCGACAAUCUUGUUCUCCAGUUCGAGCCAGCCCCAGCUACUGCAGAAAGGGGUUUGUGCCAUACAAAAGAUGUUUACUAGAGGAAGAUGUAAAAUCAUCCAUUGUGGUUUCAGAAGAGCGCGAGCCUCAAAGAGCUCGAGUGUGCUCAUAGUGCUUGCCAAUAAUCCCCCAACAUCCUGGAAGGGAAAAUCAGUGGAGAAGCAGCAGGGCAUGCAAGUUUUUUCCUCAGGCUUUAUUUGUUCCAUGAUAUUUUUACUGUAACAUUUUCAUGGUUCUUCUUUCUCAAUCAUAAUUUUUCGAGGUCAGCAAAACGUGGCGUCGUAUCAGGGCUAAUUUCUCAAUAAUCUCUCAACCUUGACUUCUUGUCCUAAUGUUGAAAGAAAGUAUGACAAGCCGAAUUUAAACGCGUCUUUACAACUCGAAUCAAUCCCUAUGAGAAGGCGAGCAUCCUUUGGUGAAACGGCAAUUGAGAAUUGUAAAUUGUAAAUUUUGACCCGUUAUGAAGGUUUUUUGGCGGAAUUAUGGGACAAACUAUGACUACAAAAUGGACAAGGUUAUAAAUAGAGUUGGAUUUGAAUUGUGUUAAA